AUGGUUCGAGCAGUAUUACUGAGCAGCAAGCGGCACAUCAUAGGCCGCAACCAUGCAUGCAGGAAGGGUCCAAAAUUGUCUCAAGAAACAAGACAAGCUUUGACGGCCCGACAGCAUGAAAAACAGGCAGAUGAGGAUGCUGCAGUGGACGACAUACUUACAUAUAUUGAUGAACAGGCCACAGAUUUGGCUCGUCGUUUUGGAAGAAGCUGUCAAUGUUACCUGGAAAAGCUUUACAUUGGCUUGGCCUUACGGAGAAAGCGGCGCAACAAGACAAGUGCAUGGUCCGCCUUUCUCCAUUUCAAAAGCAAAAAAUUCAACGCUGACAAAGACAUAGGCCAACGAGCCAACCUUCGUGCCAUCGCUAAGGAGACAAGUGAAUAUCACCAACUUACACUCGAGCAGCACGCCGAACUGGUGGAGGAAUUCGAAAAAAUCAAAACGUCAGGACUGAGCAAGCCAGUGAACAUAACAUCUCGUACUCGUCUCGCGGAGGUAAAUACUAGCUUUGCAGCCAUGGUCAGCGAGGAACGUGUGGGCACAGAAACAUUAAUUGUCACUGUGCGAAGUUCAUCUAACCUCAACAUGCUACCAAAAGAGGAUCCAAUGAAACUUGGCAUUAAGAUGGAGUCCACUGUGCUUGCUGGACUUGUGCCACGAAAUGUUCUGUCUAUGAAUUAUUCAGACCGCAAGUUGGCUGCCAAGCAAGGCAUACGAAGUGGUCUAAAUGAAAGUCUAGUCGAGGUUACCGAGAAUGCAAACACCACACUAGAGUUUGUCCGCUAUGAACACAUGGUUCAGGAGCAUCUAGUCAAGCUGAUCGGGUGGUGCCACAACGAAUGGGGUAACCCCAGCAAUCUGAAAGGCGGAGUUGGCCCACUAGAGGCUCUUGCACAGGCAGUUUCCGAUAAGAAGUGCAAGUUUAUUCGAAUUACAAGACAGGAAGCUGAUGAGCAUAUGAAACGCAUCGAGGCGGGUGAGGUUUUGACCCCAAACAAGGUAGAUCAAGAACCGGAGGAGAGCCCCAUCGAUGAUGACGACACAUAUGAGGGCAACGACAUUGGUGGUUCUGCUGACCAGACAGAUCAUCUUCCCCUCCCCACGCCAUCGUCUCCUACAACACCCCCUCGCAACAAUGACUUAGGUCCUGCUGACCAGACAGAUCAUCUUCCCCUCCCCACACCAUCUUCUCCUACAACACCCACUCGCAACAAUGACUUAGGUCCAGCCCCUCGUACUAGCGAGAUCACUGAAGAUCUUAUUGAUCCUGCCCUUCUAGCCCCUCCCAUUCCGAACAUCUCCACGCCAUCUCCUCCACUCGCCACAACACCUAGCAGGUUACAUAUGGAACCGCGUCUACCCAACACUCAGCUGUUACGACUUGGAUGGUAUCUGUUGGCGACACUCAAACAGAGCUUGUGUCGUCAAUGGUCUGUGGACGUCCUUGGGCUAGCCCAAGGUUAG